GGUUUCUAUUUCAGGGUUUUUUAUUUUAACUUCAAAAAGGUUUCAAAACUUUGAAACUACAAGACAUAACAUCACAUUUUUAGGGUUAAGCUUUCUUUCUUCCUUUCUUUCCCUUUAACAUAUUCCCCCACUCCGCCAAAUGGACCCUCGAGGCGGUGAUGCCAUCCCCGACGGCGAAACCAACGAUUUUAGAUCCUCCGACCAUCCCGAUGAUGACAAGUCUCACCCUCACACCGGGGAUGGAGCUAGUCCUGGCAAAAUUUUUGUAGGAGGUUUAGCGAGAGAGACAAGUUCUGCACAAUUUAUUGAGCAUUUCGGUAAAUAUGGUGAAAUUACGGAUUCUGUGAUAAUGAAGGACCGGAAAACGGGACAGCCUCGUGGGUUUGGGUUUGUGACUUAUGCAGAGCCUUCUGUAGUUGAUAAAGUCAUCGAGGAGACUCAUAUUAUUAAUGGGAAACAAGUGGAGAUUAAGAGAACAAUACCAAAGGGUGCUGCUGGAAGUAAGGAUUUCAAGACUAGGAAGAUUUUUGUAGGUGGAAUUCCUUCAACCGUAUCCGAAGAUGAGUUCAAGGACUUCUUUACACAAUAUGGAGUAGUCCGAGAACACCAAAUCAUGCGGGAUCAUGCUACCAAUCGUUCUCGUGGUUUUGGGUUCAUCACUUUUGAAACUGAGCAAGCAGUUGAUGAUCUUUUGGAGAAGGGAAACAAGAUUGAGUUUGCCGGUGCACAGGUGGAGAUAAAAAGGGCAGAGCCGAAGAAACCAAAUCCUCCCCCACCUCCAUCCAAACGAUAUAAUGAUUCUAGGACUGCAUAUGGUGGCGGAUUUGGAGAUGGUUAUGGUAGAUAUGGAGGUGGUGGAUUUGGUGGUGGUUAUAAUAGAUCAAGUGGUGCUUAUGGGGGUCGAGCUGGUGGUUAUGGGGCAUAUGGGGGUGGUGAGUUUGGCAGUUAUGGAGGUUAUGGUGGUGGUGGCAGUGGUGGUAUAGGGCCAUACAGAGGAGAGCCGUCUCUUGGAUACUCGGGUCGCUAUGGAGGAAAUUUCAACAGAGGGUAUGACAUGGGAAGUGGCUACGGAGGCCCAGGUGAGUUUUAUGGGGGAUACGGUGCUGGAGCUGCUGGUGGUGGAUAUGGUAGUAGCUACGAUGCAGGCCUUGGUGGCGGCUACGGUGGUGGUGCUGCAGGAGGGAGUUCUUUCUAUGGAAGUCGAGGGGGGUAUAGUGGUGCGGGAAGUGGUCGAUACCAUCCCUAUGGAAGAUAGGCAAACUGGGAAGAUCUCUGUUGAGAGGUUACAAAAUGUUGUCUCAAUUUGUACUAUUGUAGCUCUUUUCUUAUGUUCAUUAUUCCUUAGUUUAGUUUCUCUGUUGUUUAUUUUUGGGAGUCUUUUUCAGAAUUUGAGGUUUCAACUUUCUAAGGAUUUGAGUAUCCAUUUUACUCUUUUAAAAUUUAGUUUAAUAUAAGCUAAACUGUGAGAGCUAA